CUUAUUGUGAAAACCGGAUGUAACCUGUCACAGUAAAGUCGCUAACUUUCCUUUCGCAGUCGGCUGUUGAGAAACACGUGUUGUCACAAAAUGGCAACGGAAGCUAAAAGAGCCAAGGUGGAUUCGGGCUCAGAGCCGGAGCCCCUGCAGAAGUUCCUACAGUGGUGCGACAGGGUCGGCCUCGUGCUCAGCGACAAGGUGUGUGUGAGUAAAGAGGGGACAGUGGCAGAUUAUGGGAUGCUGGCUAAGGAGGACAUAGAGGAGGGCGAGCUUCUCUUCACCAUCCCCAGGUCAGCUCUUCUCCACCAGGGAACGACAAAGAUCUCCGCCCUGCUGGAGCAAGAUAAAUCCUUUCUGCAGAGCUUGUCGGGCUGGGUCCCCUUGCUGCUGGCGCUGCUGCAUGAAUACACGUCGCCUCAGUCCCACUGGAGCCCAUACCUCUCUCUCUGGACUGAUUUCAGGACGCUCGACCAGCCCAUGUUCUGGUCCAAAGAGGAGCGGGAGCGGCUGCUGAGGGGGACGGGGAUCCCCGAGGCCGUGGACACCGACCUGACCAACAUCCAGAGGGAAUACACAGACGUGGUGCUGCCCUUCAUCAGCAGGCACCCUGAUGUCUGGGACCCCAAAACACACACACUGGAGCUGUACACACAGCUGGUGGCCUUUGUCAUGGCCUACAGUUUCCAGGAGCCCCAAGAGGAGGAUGAGGAGGACGAGGAGGAUGAAGAGGAGAAGGCCCCCAACCCGCCCAUGAUGGUUCCCAUGGCCGACAUGCUGAACCACGUGUCCAAUCACAACGCCAACCUGGAGUACACACCGGAGAGUUUGAAGAUGGUUUGCGUCCGGCCCAUCCGCAGGGGGGAGGAGGUGUUCAACACGUACGGGCAGAUGGCCAACUGGCAGCUGCUCCACAUGUACGGCUUCACCGAGACGCACCGCAGCAACAGCAACGACACGGCCGACGUCCCCCUGGCCAACCUGCACCGAGCCGCCAUGCAAGGUGCUCAGUCUGACGCGGAGCGGCGGCUGCUGGAGCAGCAGGGGGCGACACUGCGUCUCAUUCUGGGGGAGAAAGCAGCCUUCAUCUUCGGCAAACAGGGCUGCCUCACCGACAGCGAGCUGCACACCUCGCUGAAGGUGCUGUGCAUGUCAGAGGAGGAGUUCCAGGAGUUCAGGAAGAACGACGGCUGGGAGGAGGAAGAGGACGAGGAUGAGGACGAGAAGAUUUCCCUCGCUUUCUCCAAUGAGGGUCUGCCCGGACUGAAGGCCCCGUGGCGGCGGCUCGUCCACGCGGCCGCCCGUUUGACUCUGAGCUCCUACAGGGGGGAUGGAGAGGGGGAAGAUGGGGGGGAGGGUGACCGUGACGGGCUGCUAGUGGAGGACAAGGCGGCGCUGGCAGCACUGAGCUCCAGGCAGCAGAGGGCGUUGCAGGUGCGCUACGGACAGAAGAGCAUCCUGAACAGACUGAUGGAGCUCACCAAAGCUUGAGAGUGACGUAGUGUUCGAUUGAAAAGGCACACUGCAAGAUAAGUCUGCACAUUUUGUAUUUUUGGAAGAUGAUUUUGUGGAUUAUUGUUCUUACUUCUCUGCUAAAAGUAUCUGGAUCUCCAACAACAGAAGAUCCACAGCAACCAAACAUGGCACAUCGGUAGGUCGGAAAUCUCAUCCGCUACCUCAGCAACACAAAUUACACCAACUGGCCACAUGGUGGUGCUAUAAUAGCAUAUUUACAUUUUGGCCCAUCACUCCUGAACUGUAAGUUAUAUGAAUAAAAUUCAUGUUUUCCUGGAUUUCCUGGGUCCAGAUGAAUGUAUCUAUGUCAGCCAUGCCCAUUUCAUCUGUGUGGAUUACAUGCUAUUUUGCAUUUUGUUAGGUUUUCUUUUUUUUUUUUUUUUUGCUACAUAUCCAUUUUUCCCCCCUACAUAUCACGUCCAAGAGACUUAAAACGUUCAGUGCAUGUUGGUUGAAGUGAGAUGAACCUCUCUCGUGCAGGUGCCAACUCCGGAUUCUGAGAUCGCCUAUCUUGCAAAAUCACCGAAUUUCAAAAUUAUAAACUGAAUCUGGUGGCAGUCUUGUCCUCCUGAACUGUAUGUUACAGUUGUGAUAUUUGGAAUUGUCUUCCCUUCAUUGGUAAACAGAGAAAAAAAUUGUAACUAUCUUUUAAAUGUGUACAAUAAUCAAAAUGUCUGACAGGUUGAUAAGCUCUGUGUGAUGACAAAUGUAAAGCCAUGUGUUAAUUAAAAAUAGGCAACGGCAAUAAAGACAAACCGUGGUCCCUGAGGCAUGUAA